AUGGAAAUUUGUGAAAAUUAUAUGGCUGCUAAUAUUGAUGCUGCAAACUUUAGCAAACGAUGCAGAUAUGCUGAACUUUAUCGUCUUCCAAAACUUGAAAAGGUUAUUUGUGCUUGUUUCAACUAUUUUUCUUCAAAAAGAGGAACAUUUAUCCUCAGCAAGGAAUGGAAUAAUUUUAAAACUAAUAAUAAAGAUUUUGCUUUUCGUUUAUUAGAAGAUAAACAAAUUUAUGGUUAA